AUGGCUCGGCUUUCAAACGCACCGUCACCGGCGCUGCGCCGGACUGGCAGCACCUUCGAGCGCACCUCUGCCGAACUCGGCCAGCUACUUUCACGGCUGCAGCAGGUCUUACUGCAUCCCGAUCCGAGCCGCGAGCGACAGCUACGGACGAGCGAGUACGAGAGAUCCAGGCAGAAAUCGAACCUUGAAUAUGCGCGGGCGACCCUCACGAAGCUCGAACAAGAUGCGCUCGGCGUCUUGGCCCCCGGCCGAAGAGCCGAGGUGCAGACAGACCUCAACAAGAAGAGAGAGCUUCUAGAUGUGCUGGUGGAUCGACUGCAGGAUUUGCAAAAGCUGGCGCUGGUGGAGGAGGAUGAAGAGGACAGCUCCGACGUGGACGAUGCCCUGGCCGGCUUGAUACCGACCCCGUCGGAAAGUACAGACACCCAGCAGGAGGAUUUCCCGACGCCUGAUGAUAGUGCAGCUUCCAUAUCUUCGGAUACUCCGUCAGCACCCCCAGCUCAACCAUCACCGACCCCUCAGCCGUUCGUGCAAGAUACCCCUACCCAGACCCAGCAGACGCUGCGGGCGCGGUCGUCAGCGAAACCGACGGUCGUUCCAGAGUCGCCAGACAACCCCCCCGCGCAUGCAACGGCUCGAGCUGCCCUGUUUGCCAACCGUCGUAACCGGACGGUGGCUGCUGGUGCCCAGGCCGAGAAGUCCACUGCGACGGCGGAGGCCAUCUUGGAUGUCCAGUCCAAGGAGCGGGAGGAGCUCGCCGACAAGGUUUUCCAGAUGGCGCAGGCCAUGAAGAACCAGCAGAAGAACAUUGCGGCGAGUCUCGAGUCGGAGAAGGAUGUGCUGACCCGGGCGACUGAGGGUAUGGAGCGGACAGGGCGUGGGAUGGACGUCGCCAAGGGGAGGAUGGGAGCGCUCCAGAAGAUGUCGGAGGGCAAGGGAUGGUGGGGGAGGAUGAUGCUGUUUGCGUGGGUGUAUGGAUUGAUGGUUGGGUUACUAGUGCUGGUGUUUGUGCUGCCGAAGCUGAGGUUCUAG